AUGAAGGUUGAUUGGAAUGACGUUAAGGAGAAUGUCAUUAGAGCUCCUCAAAUCUUUCUUCAGAGGACCAAUCUUGCCAGUACAAAUCCAUCUCUAAUUGAUGAUGAAAUAAUCGGAUUGCAAACCAACUUCAAAAACUUAGUCACAAACUGCAAGCACCUUCAGGUUUCUUUGAAGAGGUACGAGGAAUCUGCUAAGUUUAUGGUGGAAUGUGGGUUACAAACUGGUCAAAGUCUUAAAAGUCUAGUUGCGGAUACAUCGAAAACUCGAAGUGAAAUUGACAGUUUAUUUCUCAACAAGAUCAAUCAGUACAAUAUGGUAUUCCAAGAUUGCAAACCAAUUGUCAUAGAAGUUUUGACUUCCUUGAAUGAUAGAGUUGGAAGCAGAUUGAAACAGUUGGAAUCUCAUAAUAAAGAAGUAGCAAGCUUGCUUAGACAACGAGAAUAUGCACUUUUGGACCUAAAUAAAGAAAUGCUAUGUCUUGAAAGAUUAAAAGCUAAAGGCAAUUUAAUGACUUGCAAAGAGCAGCAGAAAAUCUUCACAACAGAAAGGAAGUUAACAGUAUGUGAAAGAAACUUUACCAAACUAAACAGAGUGAUUAAGCAAGAGCUUCCUGUCUAUUUGGUGAUUUCCAAGAGUAUAAUUGAGAACAUUCUCCAAGUGAUCUAUUUCGGCACAUUGACAGUAUUUUAUGAACUACAGAACAAGCUCAAGUCCUUAGAACGUGAUAUUAACCUUCAUGAUGCGGACCAAAGUCAUUAUAGUACAACAACAAAAAACAUGGAAUUAGUUUCCGUAUUUAAGGCCAAACAUGCGCCAGUCGCUCUUCAAGUUGAUUCCCUGAAAAUAUGUCAUUUCUACGAGAAGAAUCUACGAAAUGUGGCCUCUAAUAUCCCUUCAGCUUCGACUAUUGUUACAAAUUAUUCAGGUCUAAAAAUCGUACAGGAAGAUAAGGAUUUAGUAUGUGUUGCAGGGUAUAAUUUUGAAAAGAUUAAUGAUCAAGACCUAUCGUUCAAAAGGGGUGAUCAUAUUAAGGUACUCAAACAAGAGGGUUCAUGGUGGAAAGGAGAAUUGAACGGGAAAGUUGGGAAUUUCCCCUCUAAUUAUGUCGAAUUAAUUUGA